AUGCCAAUGCCAGGACUACAAAGAUAUAGACUUAAGUCGAAAUACAAACAGGCUUUGCAAAAAUAUGAAGAUGCAGUCAGUGAAACCAGAGAAGAGAAAGAGGAGUCGAAAGAAGAAAGAAUCUCAUCAGUAGCAGAACACAGUGCAACAUCAGUACCAGAACACAGUGCAACAUCAGUACCAGAACACAGUGCAACAUCAGUAGCAGAACACAGUGCAACAUCAGUACCAGAACACAGUGCAACAUCAGUACCAGAACACAGUGCAACAUCAGUACCAGAACACAGUGCAACAUCAGUACCAGAACACAGUGCAACAUCAGUACCAGAACACAGUGCAACAUCAGUACCAGAACACAGUGCAACAUCAGUACCAGAACACAGUGCAACAUCAGUACCAGAACACAAACAAACACUGUACACUAAGACUGGAGCAAGGGGAGGCUACCGAUUCAAGAUCAUUCGUUAUAGAAGGCCUCAACACUAA